CCCUCAGAGAGUAAAUUUGAUGCAAGUGAGUAUUUUACUGCCCAAUCUGUUCAACCUGUUCUUCCAACAAUACUUGAGAAUGAAGUUGGCUCAAUAAACGGUGUAGCAGAAUCACCACCAAGUACUCCAAGCAAUGACAAAAAGUCUAAACACGAUCAUAGCUUAUCACCUUCUCCUUCACAAUCAGGCCUCAAUAGUCGAUCACGAACACCCGAUCCCGGUAGAAAAACGGUUCGGAAUAUUAGAAACAAGACUAGCAGCUCUUCACUUAGUUCUCGUGCACCUUCAAGGAGUCGUUCAAAUACACCGGAUCCCGAUAGAUCUAAUAAUCAAAUAAGACGAAAACCUAGUCCACAAUUGCCACCAAUUGAUGAUGAUGAAUAUGAAAUGAAACCACUUAAAGAACCACUCACGAGCAGUAAUUUUAUUCAUAUAGGAGUUCCUGGUGAAAUAAAUCUUCCAUCUGCUAAUGUGCGUGAAACAACAAUUGGUGUGUUUCAUAUAUUUAAUCCUACCGAUAAUAUAAUUACGUGGGGGUUUGCUCAGGUCGAUAGACCUUUGUUUCGUCGUUUGGGAACCGCUACAAAUGCGGCACAAAAAGUAGAUGAUGAAAUUUUUUAUAUCACAAAAUUGGGUGGUGUUUUAAGACCAAAAAAUGCAGAUAGGGUUGAUGUAAAAUUUCGGCCUAUGGGAGUAGGAACAUAUAUGCAAACCUUCGUUUUAGAAGGUACAACAGAAGGUGGAACUAAUGGUGUAGAUGCAGUUAGCAUGAAAUUUCAAGGGGUUGCGACAGAAAAUACCUUUAGUUCAUUAUUGCAAAAACACCGAGCUCCUAAGAAGGAAGUAAAAUUUGAAGUUGAUGAGACAGAAAUUCGCAUUCCAGCUACAAGAGUUGGGAAACAGCGUUCAAUGGGAAUUAAAAUAACUAAUACUGCUAAAGAAACAGUUAGACUUCAUUGCAAAUGCGAAACAACAACAGGCCCUGGAGGCAAGUUUGUUUUAUCACUUCCUAUGAAUAGUGUUGUAGUUAAACCUGAAGGUGUCUCUAUUAUACCUGUACGAUUUCAACCGAGAGCGGUUGGUGAAGUAAAGGGCGUUGUCACGAUACAUGCCAAUAAUGCUGAAGUUAAAGUGGAUGUAGUAGCAAAAGGAAUCUUAGAUGCAAGUCAAACAGUAUAA